AAGACUUGUUCAGGAUUAGCAUAGAAAGAUAGCUUGUUGCCAACUCUUGACGAUUCUCAGUUUGUAACGGGUUUGUGACAACGCAUUAUUCGAGCCGAAAAGGUGUUGUUAAUUUAUCACAGUAAUAUUCUAAAGAAAAGAUAAGUAAUAAAGCUGAGAAGAUACCCAACACUUGACCAUCAAAAUGGGAGACAGAAAAAAUGAUAUGGAAAGAGUUGGAUUAUUCCAGGAGAUGGGAUAUGUAUCAAUUGGUGACAAAUAUAAAGCACCUGGAAUCAGCUUCAAUGAAAAGAGUGCUAAGGGUAAACAAAUGUUACCUGGUGGAACUAAAGAUAAAUCUGCACUUCAACAUGGUUAUUUUAAUGAUAAAUUUACUAGAGUACUGGAAGGAGAGGCGUAUAGUGAUCCUAUUAAAAUGAGAAGACAAAAUAGAUUGGAAGAAGCUAAGAGAAAUUUAUCCAAACCAUUUUUACCAAGUAGUGGAGAUAGAAAACCAUCAGGAUUAGGUAGUCAUUUUGGUACGUUCGGUGGAAAUGUUUCAGCUUUUAGUCCUGGUGUGUCAGCAGGAAAAGGAUACAAAGCUCCUGGUAAAAAUGUUUUAACAAAUCCUGGCAAGAAAGGAACAGGUUUUGGUUAUGCUGGAGUGACACUCAGUGCCUAUCCACCAUAUAAAAGUGAGCAUUAUGACAGGGCUAGAGAACUCAUAAAGAAAGAAGUGGAAUUACAUCGUAAAUCAGUUAAAGGUGGUUCCUUCAAGUUAAACCUUCAUCCACAAGCUUAUUUUGAUAACAAUCCUUAUAAAACAGAUAAAAACCUACCACCUUUACAAAAAACUCCAUCUGGAAAAUCAGAUUUGAAACCAUUUAAACCAAGCUCUCCUGGCAAGAAGCCUGCUGGAGCGAAAAUUGGAACAUUUGAUCCCUACCCAACACAUUCUACUGAUCCUUAUAAUGUUAAAUAUGUUAGACCGGUACAUGUAGUUAAUAAAAGUGGUAAAAUAUUCUCACCAUCACAAGGUCCAAAGACUACUCCUUGUAAUUCUAUUGUAAAUCAAAAUGUUUUAAGAACAAUGAAUGUACAGAACUAUAGAUCUAUGACAGUAAUGUAAGAACAGGAGAGAAGAUUUUUAAACUAAAUCAUGUUUUAUUCAUCCAUUUUGUUUUUAUUCAUCCACUUUUUUUAUUGAUUUUACACUAUACCAAGGCUUGUAAACUUUUUGUAAAUUUUAUUUUUGUAAUUUAUAUGAAACAUACAAAUGCAACAUAUGGCAGUUAGUUAACCAAUAAACUGUUACCCUAUGGUGGUUAUGGUCGUAUAUCAGGACAAAGGUUGGCUGGAAAAUUGAACCUUUGCACAUUUGAGUGUAUAU